GAAGCGGCUUCCCGAAUUCAACCCCCCUUCCUUCAUGCCUUACGGGAACGUGGGCACCCCCCUGAGAGUUUUUCUGGAGCUGAUCCGUGCCUGCAGGCUGCCUCCCCGGAUUAUCAAGAAAUUGCAGCUGGAUUUUCCAAAGACAGGCUCAUCCCGCAGGUAUGGGAAUGUGCCUUUUGAAUACCAGGACACUGAGACAGUCGUAGAAGAAAGAGUUUACACUGCUACGGGGGAUGAGAUCACAGAGGAAGAGGGACCUGUGGCAAAAUCUGAAGUGACUCACCCAGCCGGCGCUGAGGAAGAUGAGGAGGGGCAGGAGAAAAAGGGUGAGGAGUCGCACUCGGAUGACGACAACGACACCUGUGAGGAGUGGGAGCGGCACGAGGCUCUGCAUGAGGACGUGACCAAGCAGGACCGCAUGGAGGAGCGACUCUUCGAAGAGGAGAUCGAGCUGAAGUGGGAGAAGGGCGGCUCUGGCCUUGUCUUCUACACGGAUGCUCAGUACUGGCAGGAGAAGGACGGAGACUUUGACGAGCAGACUGCGGAUGACUGGGAUGUGGACAUGAGCGUCUACUAUGACAAAGAUGGGGGUGAUAAGGAUGCUCGGGACUCGGUCCAGAUGUGGCUGGAGCGGCGACUCCGGGACGGCUUGGAGGACGGGUCUGUUUCAGGGCAACAGGUUGGCACCUUCGAGAGAUACACCAAGGGCUUUGGCAGGAAGGUGCUGGAGCAGCAGGGCUGGACGGAGGGGCUGGGGCUGGGGAGCAGCAACUCUGGAAUGGCUGAAGCUCUGGAAAACGAGGGUCAGAACCCCAGAUGCAAGAGGGGGCUGGGGUACCACGGGGAGAAACUGCCAACUUUCAGCAAGGCGAAAAAGCCCCGGCGGGAUGCUCCUAUCCUCAUCUCAACCAUCUAUGAUGACCCUGACCCAAAGGACAGCGGUGACCAGCUGCUCAGGCGCCAGCCACCCACUGCCAUGAAGUACAGGCAGGACAUGGCGUUUGUCCGGGCAUCGCACGGUGCUCUGGAGAGCUCCAGUGCUCAGUCACGCUGAGCAGAGACCGUCACAGAGCCUUCGUACUGGUUCUGCUCCUGCCAAGCACAGGCUGGCUCCUGGUCUCGAGUCUGGAGCAGGACGUUCAUAUAUUUAUUUUUGGAGGAAAUAUAGACUUGUAAGAAAAAUUGCCUCCGUGGGUUU